CCAGCCACGACCUACCUGUCAAAACAAAUGUUUCCUAAAUCUCCAAAUAAAUAUCCAGCAAUUAUCUUGGAGCAGAACACAAAAUGUGGGCGUGAUCGUGCUCAUCAGUCAUAAAAUUCCUCAUAAACUCUAUCAUGAGUUUGACAAGGGAACCCAGCGAGGGAUAUUUCGAGCUAGAAGAGUGUUGUUGACUGCUGUCAUAAGACUUAAUUUAUUCUUAUUGUUAAUUUUGUCAAUUUUUGAACGAGAAUGGUUCCACCUCCUGUUGUAACUGGGAUUUCCCCUAAGGAAGGUCCUCCAGGCACUAGAGUCACCGUUCGUGGUGAAUUUCUGGGGAAUAGGGUACAGGAUUUAAUAGGAUUGACAAUCUGCGGCUGCGACUGUCUCCUCUCCGCAGAAUGGAAGUCCCCGAACAAGAUCAUAGCGCGUUCAGGUCCCUGCAAGGGGCGCGGCGACAUAAUCGUGACGACUCGAAGCGGAGGCCAGGGUUCCUCGACAGUUCAAUUCCGUGGGUAUCAUGAGACCAUCGGUCCGAUGAAGGAGUCCGCAGUCUGGGUGGAAGAGGCCCCAGUGCAGAGCUUCGUCUGGGGCCGACGAGCCCUCUCCCCAACGAACUACCAGCAGGAGGACCCCCUGGGUCUCAGUGUCGAGGGCAACGACACCAAGAAAUUCCCAGAGGACGAACUCUGCGAGCUCUUUGGGGAGAGCAACGGUGAGCUGACCUCUGAGAAGUUCCACCCAGGAUGGUUUCUCCUUCAGCAUCACCACGCCACAUCCUUGGACGACCUGAAGGCAGGGCUGGCCUACCUCCGACGUAAAGUGAAUUCUCAGAAGGAGGGACAGCUCUCCUUCCUGAAGGCUAACGUGGGGUCAGUCAUGGAGCAGUUGGAGACAAUUGUACUCCUCAAGGAGCAGUUCGAGGCUGAUGUCAAGAAGUUCGGGGACGAUCCCACGGCGAGACUAGAGUCGGCGAUCAAAACGUCCAUGGAGGAAGCUAAUAAACUCUUCGAUGAUGUGCUGGCUAGGAGGGAUAGAGCGGAUGCCACCAGAAGUGCUCUAUCAGUCAUGCAGCGUUACAGAUUCCUCUUCUGCAUGCCUGUGAAUAUUGAGAAGAAUAUUAAGAGGGGAAAUUAUGACUUGGUCAUUAAUGAUUAUGCCAGGGUGAAGAAUCUAUUUGGUAAUACUGACGUUGAAAUCUUCAAAAAAGUCCUAGUGGAGAUUGAAAAGAAGAUAGAUAUGCUGCGAGACAUUCUCCGAAAGAAAUUAGAGGAGAUUCCGUUCGCACUGGAGAGACAGAAGAAAAUCAUUCGACACUUGGUGAAUCUCGAGGCGGAUGGAGAUCCUGCCUGGGAUGCCAUUGUCUCGCAUGCUGCCUACUUAGACAAAAACAUCUCAGGAUGUCUCCAAGACUACUUCACAGACAAUGGCAAUGACGAGGGGGUCGGCAGGCAUAAAAGCAACAACUUGACGCCGAUCGCUGCUGAUAGACUGAGAAUGUUCAGGAACGAUGCCAAUUGUAAUGUGCCUUCGAGAGUGUUAUGUAUUGAAGCUAUUUGUGACGUUGUGGCUGAGCAGUUGCCUGAUCUGUGGAGAUUGGGCCAGAGUUACUUCACUGGGCAGCUACACGUGGCUGUGGACGCCGAGAAACAGGGGCCUUUCAAGAACCUCGUGCUGAGCUGCAUUCAGAGGGCCAGCGAGGCCAUGAAGGAGAGCUGUGGCAGGGAUCUAACACCAGCUUGGUUGAUGCAUAGUCUGAGAUGCGUCAGGCAAAUGUAUGCUGCACUUAUUCAUCUGGAUUUGCCCAGUGAGGCUCUCGACAUUUUUGGAAAGUUUUUGUUUGAUCUUAGAUUGCAAUGUUUGGUAGCUCUCUUCAAACAAACUGCUGAGAACAUUGGAGGACUACAGAGAAAAGAAACCUGGCAAUUGGAAUACCUGCCCAAUGAAGACGGUGGAGUAACGAAAUUGCCAUGUUUGUUCGAGGAAAUGGUGAUGGAGGUGUCUGAUCUUGCUCGAGAAACUGCCAUUGCAUGUGGACCUAGGGAAACGCCACUCCUAGACAAUAUUGCACCCCAAGCUCUCUUCCAUAAUUCAGUUAAGACACUCUUCGUAGCAUUUUCACGGUGCCUACAACAAUUAGCCUUCAGUGGUAGCGAAGAGGCUAAUGAUGAGGAUGACGUUUCCCAGCUUGUGAGCUCACCCGCGGUCUACAGGUCGAGAGAAAAGCACAGGGGGCCAGCGACUCCGACAUGGGAGAAGUGUUUGCUGAUAACCCUCAGUAAUAUUCGGUAUACCAUGAAUACUAUUCUGCCAAGAGUAGUUGAGGCUCUAAAGUCCAAGGGAUAUCCAGACUUGUCGACUGCUGACGGGUGGAGGAAGGACUGGACGCAGUUGGAGACUCUGGACACUGCAGUGUUGGACGCUUAUCUUGAGAGAAGGUGUGACCCUCUUGUGGGGACCAUCGAACCCAGCAUGUACCUGGGACGACUCGAAUGGGACUCUGAUGUGGAACCCACCCACAUCAGACCUUAUGCUCAGGAGGCACUGGCUAAUCUCAUUGCUGUUCAUGCAGAGGUCACGAGAGUGUCCCCUGGCCUCUUAAAACGAGUGUUAUCUCACAUUGUUGAAACAAUAGCAGAGGAACUGGCGAGGCUGAUGUCUUGUGUGAGGAAAUUCGGGCCUUCUGGAAUUAUUCAAGCACGAGCUGACAUCACAUUACUGAGGAAUGCUCUGUCAAUUUAUAGCACACCUCGAGCAAGCACAUUUUUCGAAGAAGCUCUAGAUGCUGUUCCACCUCCCAAAAACGCAACUGACGCCUCUCGCAUCGAGGCCCUCCUCAGCAAAGUGACCUCAUCCAUGCAAUUACAAAUUCGCUGUCUUGCCGAGAGACCAAAAUCAACACAAAUUAGUCAAAACGAUGAUCCCAACAGAACGACAGUUGUUUAACAAAUAAAGAAACCAGUUGAAUUUAAA